UUGGACAUUUAGAUAACAAAGAUAGUUGGGCCGUUGUGAAAAAUCAAUUAUAAACAAAGUUGAGAUUCAAGACAAAAGCUUUAAUAAUAUAAAUAUUUCGUGCCAUGAUGGGUUCACCGAGGUCCUGUGACACUUUUGUGGUUCUACCACCGCUCACGAAAGACAAUCAAGUAAUCUUUGGAAAAAAUUCGGACCGUCCACAGAACGAAGUCCAAGAAGUCAUUUAUGUUAAAGACCGAAUCCGCAAUUCAAAACUAAAGUGUACUUACAUUACAAUUGAUGAAAGUUCCGAGCCAUUAAAUAGUGUAAUACUAAGUAAGCCUGCAUGGAUGUGGGGUGCUGAGAUGGGUGCAAAUGAUAAAAAUGUUGUUAUUGGUAAUGAGGCUGUUUGGACGAGCAACAAUGAAGGUGAAGGUGAUGCCAGACAGAAGAGAUUGUUAGGAAUGGAUUUAGUAAGGUUGGGUCUUGAAAGGGGUAAUUCCGCUGAGGGUGCAUUGAACGUAAUUACCAAUCUUCUAGAGAAACAUGGCCAAGGUGGGCCAUGUUCGGAGUUCGACGACAGUCACUUCUAUCACAAUUCCUUCCUUAUUGCCGAUGCCAAGGAGGCAUGGGUAUUGGAAACCAGCGGCAAACUGUGGGCGGCAGAAAAGAUUACUUCCGGCUACAGAAAUAUAUCUAAUGGAUUGACAAUUAUGACUAAAUUUGAUAAACAUUCAAGAGGAUUGUUUGUUAAAGCCGAAGCAACUGGUUUUUGGAAUGGUCAAGGACAAUUUGACUUUAUGAAGUGUUUCUCAUCGGGUGGGGAUGAGAAGAGACAGAAGGAGGGGGAGAGACUACUGCGGGAGGGGACUGCAGCGAGUUGCUUUGGCGUCAAGGACAUGUUCAAUGUGCUGCGGCACAAGGAAAGCUGCAUCUGUCGUGGCUGCGAAGACACAUUCCCAACACAGGGCAGUCAGGUGUCAGCACUGUCUGCCAACGGGCUGAGCGUUCAUUGGUUCACGGCGACACCGGACCCCAGCAUCUCUUAUUUCAAGCCGUUCGUCUUCACACCUAAUGCCCAGGUCUCAACUUAUACUGAGAGUCCUAAUGAGCCUAGAAGGGAACAUCAUCUUUACAAGUUGCACGCUAAAUAUCAGGCCAAAGAAAACAGUGAGAUGAUAACAAAGAUACUACGUGAAAUGGAGGACAGCUGUUUGUCGGAAAUUGAAGAGUUUUUAAGUAAUUUUGACCCGGAGAAUACCUCGUUAGAGGAAUUAGACAAUUUAAUGAAGGACUGCGUUGACACUGAAGUCAAACUGUAUGGGUAAACAUUUUAAUUCUUUAAAAUAGGACGCGAAUCUUAAUUCAACUAUGAAUUUUCACUGACGGAAUGCAAUUUAGUAAUCCUUGUAUAAUCUGUAAUUCACUUCGAAAAAGUAAGAGAUGGCAACAUUUUUCAAUACAAAUUGAAUUUCACGAUAAACAGUAAUAACUAUUUUU